UAGUAUUAUAGGGUUGAAGGAGUACAUUCCUAGUUUGCUCUCUCCUCAGCUCUUCCGUGUCCAUCCAUUAUUUAUCUUCCUCGUCAGCUAAAUUGAUCACUUCUUUUAAUUUCCCUGAGCUUCUUGAUGUAUGAGAUCGCUGUGGUCGAUGCAUAUACUGACUGAGACAAAGCAGCUGGCGGAGGGAGGAGAAGAUGUCCAAUCUCACAUCUGCCUCUGGGGAAACCUGCGUCACAUCGAGCCCCCAGUUCUCCUCUUUGGUCUCUCAGUCACCCAAACGAGCUAAGAAAAAGAGGGGACUUCCAGGAAACCCAGACCCAGAUGCUGAAGUUAUAGCUUUGUCACCCAAGACGCUGAUGACGACCAACAGGUUCGUGUGUGAUGUCUGCAACAAAGGGUUUCAGAGGGAUCAGAACCUGCAGCUGCACAGGAGGGGCCAUAACCUUCCGUGGAAGCUGAAACAGAGGGUGAACAAGGAUCAAGCCGCGAGGAAGAAGGUAUACGUCUGCCCUGAGGUGUCAUGUGUGCACCAUGACCCUUCCAGGGCACUCGGAGACCUCACUGGCAUUAAAAAACACUUCUCCAGAAAGCACGGCGAGAAAAAGUGGAAGUGCGACAAGUGUUCCAAGAAGUAUGCCGUGCAGUCGGAUUGGAAAGCUCACAGCAAGAUCUGUGGAACGAGGGAGUACAAAUGUGACUGUGGAACUCUCUUCUCACGGAGGGACAGCUUUAUCACCCAUAGAGCAUUCUGUGAUGCUCUAGCUGACGAAACUACAAGAGUAAUUACUCCAGUCGCAGAUGAUCCCCACCAACAGUUGUUCAACUCUCAAGCCAUGCCAUCUCAUGAACUCCCAGAAGCUUUCCAAACUGACAUGAUCAUGAAGCCCCAAGAAGCUGCCAACACUGCUAGUUCUUCAGAAAUGUUCUUAGCAGAAUAUCGUCAUAAGAGCCAAAUGGAACUCUUCCCCUCAAUCAAUCAGCAUAAAAGUCAUCCUCCAUUCCCUGCUACGUCUGCUUUUUUGUCAGCCACGGCACUGCUCCAAAAGGCAUGUCAAAUGGGUGCAAUAAUGGGGAGAGCACACCAACAUCUUGAUCAGAUGGCAGGGUUUAGCCGUGGGUUCGCCUCUCGUCAGGGACCAAUUAAUUGGAGUGACAAUAAUUUGCAUGGAUUAAUGGGAACUAGAUCAGCUGAUGCUUUGGAUCAUGAACUAGUCUGUGAAGGAGGGCAGGGAUCGGAGGGCAAGAGUACUGAUCAGCUUGGAAGAGGAAGAGGCGACAGCAACCAAUUGACUCUAGAUUUGUUGGGGAAGAGAGCUAUAUUGCAGUUGGACCCAUCCAUGAAUAAUUUCCCUUCCUAUGAGGAUGCACUACAAGAACCAUACUGGAAUCAUUAGCAUAUGGCAUGGCAUGGCUGACCAAGAAAACGGAUGGCAUGGCAAUAGCUUUCAAUCAGUGGCAGAUACAACGUCUCUUUCCGUUGGACCACUGAUGUAGUAAUUCGAUUAAGCCCUAACAUGCAUGCAUGCAUGCAUUGCACGCGAGAUUAAUAAACGAGCAAAUUAAUUGGUUGCUCAUGUGUGUGAUGAAUAAUUGACUCCAGCAUAAUUGCGUUGCGUGGUACCGAGUGAAAUAGUUAUGUGAUUCGAAAAGGCUUAUGGAUGUUA